AUGAGCUGUAAGGGCGAUGAGAAGACGCGACUACAUGAAGCCGAUUCACUCAAGAAAUUGGCAUUUUUCGGCAUUGCUAUUAGCACUGUCGCCACAUUGACAGCAAUUGUAGCCGUGCCACUACUCUACAACUAUAUGCAACAUAUCCAGACAAACCUGAACGACGAGGUCGAUUAUUGCCGGCAUCGAGCGGAUGGACUAUGGGAGGAAUAUCAUAAGUAUGAGCUUCUGAAAGGCGCCGCCGUGACGCGCACAAAACGACACACCAGCUGGGCCCAGCGACGAGGAUACAGGGCCUACGCCGCCGAAACGUAUCAACAGGGCCCGUCAUCAGCUGGACCGGCCCAGCCCGCUGGCGGCGGCGGAGGCGGUUGCUGCUCUUGCGGAGUUGGAGCCGCCGGGCCCCCUGGACCUCCUGGGGCUGAUGGAAAGCCUGGGGAGGAUGGGCAGGCCGGAAAGAACGGUGAUAACGGUGCAGAUGCGGACGCCAGCUCGACGCCGACCGCCGACGAUUUCUGCUUUGACUGUCCGCCUGGACCCGCUGGACCUGCAGGUCAGCAACAAGUUUGC